CUAUCCGCAAAAUUGAUUGCGGAAAUGGAGGUCUCGAUCCGCGAACAAACAUUGUUGAAAGCUUUAAUUUAGGGCAAUCGUUUCAUUUAUGGUAUUGUCAUGAAAUCUUGACUGAUUUCCUUCUCAAUUAAAUAUAGCAAGUAGUUUACAUGUGAAAAGAUGGCAUCUACCAAUAAGAAAUCUGCUAACCAGUUUAUUUCUGCCCUGGUGAAGAAUUUACAAGCUGUGUGUCACGGCCAUGUUGAAUUUGAUAAAAAUGUGAAAGUAGUGGGCCAUUUAUAUUUAACUGUUGACAGUAACUCAGAAUUUAAUUAUAUCGUUAAUGAAAAAGUGUCCAAAAGUGACGAAUCUUCAACUACUUUUAUCAGUAAAAGUUUUUAUGCCACUGAUCUUCAACAAAAAACACCAAAGAAAAAUGUAGACAGGCCUCUUCCUCUCAUAACUCCAAAUGUAUUAGGAAAAACUCGAUAUGAUAUUACUGUUGAUUUAACCAAUGAGUUUGCAUCAACAGACAAAAGACAAUCUGUGCCGUAUGUAAUUUCACAGAAUCAAUCCCUUGGGCCACAGAGGCGUAAAAGUCAAAAUGAUGUGCAAUAUCCUCCACUGGGCAAAAGACAACGAUUGUCACCAAAUGAGCAAAAGUCUGUUAAUUUUCAGUUACCCCGUAAAAUGUCCUCAAGGUCAUCAUCCACUAUUCCGUCAACUUCAGUGUCUGUUGAAACAAUAAAUAAUGCUGCGUCCCGUCCAACCGCCACGCCAUCAGCUACACCAAUUGAAUCUUUACCUGGUACAGACAAACCAGAAACCAUUGACAGUGCUGUUGGUGGUAUGUUGGAUCCCAAGUCAAUCAAAAUUGAAAACAAAGUGACACAAGAAGGAGAAGAAAAAGAACUUAGAAUAGAAUCUGUGACUAGUCAUGAUUUAUCAUUUGUGCCUGAAACUGAAAAAGACAAAGACAGUGAAAGUAAAAAUAGUGAAACUAGUGACUCUGAUAAACCUGCAUCAGAUCCUCCUCCAGAAACUCUUUCAACAGAAGAAAUGGAACUAAUCACACCAAAUAGAAGCCCCCCAAAAUCCAAUGAACAUGAAGUCAUAGAAAUAGAUUUAACUAAAGUGAAAGAAGAGUUCAGAGACUUUGGGGAUUCUGAAUCAAAUUCAAUGUUUGACUCUUCAGUUAAUCAUGGUGAAGCAAGUUAUUCUGGUGUAGGAAUAGAAACAAAUGAUGACGAUGAGUUUUUCAAACGUUUACAAGAACAAGCAGUAGGAAUUUAUCCCCUUGGUUUACACGCUAAUGAAUCAAAUAUUCAGAAUUCAAAUUUAGACACUAGUAUUCCCAACCUACCAGGUGUUUCAUUACGUCAGACUAGAAAUUUAUCAGCUGGUACAAGUAGUUCCUCUGCUGGAAGUCAACCAGACUUUUUUGGAUUGAACAACAAACUGCAAUGUCUGUGGUGUGGCCAGAUCUUCAAUGUUUCUACUGAACUUACUAAACAUGAACUCAGCAAUCAUGGUAUAUACAACCCUACGUCACGGAGGCUGCAUUAUCAGUGUCCUUACUGUACACAAGUUUGCUCGUCAAAGGGCAGUGUAAAAGAGCAUAUUAGUAUUAUACAUAUGAACUUCCGUGUAAAUUGCCCACUCUGUGACAAGUCGUACACAAGAAAAAUUGAUCUAAGAUAUCACAUUACGAGACAACAUUCGCCAUCAUUAGGAAUAAUCAAAACAGGAGUCAGACCACUGACUAAUUUACGUCAUUCUGACGGUUGACAUGUCUCAGAAAUUUGUGUGAAUAUGGAUUGCAGUCUCAUAAACGGUGAAAUUUCCACAGUGUGACAAGUCGUACACAAGAAAAAUUGAGCUGUGAUAUCACAUAAUAAAACUACCUUUGCUAUCUUUUGGAAUAAUCAGGCCAGAAUUUAGAUCACAAUCUAAUAUACGUCAUUCUGAUAGUUGAGAUUUCACAGAAAUGUAUAUGAAUAUUGAUUGCAACCUGUAAAAUUCAAAUCAUAAUCACUAUGUGGCAUAAUCAUUGCAAAGAAAAACUAGUUACUUUUGGUGUAUUUAUUGAGUUGGUGAAAAAGUUUAAGUUUUGGUUAAAAUGAGAGGGUUUAUGUAGGCCAUUUCAGGACUAACAGAAUUCGCUUGUGUGUAGGGGUCUUUAAUAUUGGGAGGAAACCGGAGGAGUAUAAUAUCAAUGGUAGAUAUCUCCCAGCUUGGAAAGGCUCAUCAAAAGUUUUUACCCAACACUAACAGAGGGUAUUGACUUUUUAUGCAGAUUAUGCUGAAUCUUGACAAAUUUUCAAUUCACCAUAUUUUUGUAAAUUCCAGUGUCACAAUAUUGUUGUUUGCUAUAGAUUCAAAAUAUCUCACGGGGCUUUAAAUUAUUUUACAAUUCUGACAAAUAUAAGUAGAGUACAUUGUUCUUCCACUGCAAAUUUUAGUUUUGAAAAAAUUUGUUAUUUUAUUAAAACAAGUGGUAUAAAUUUAGUAAUUUUAUUGCAUAACUUGUAUGAAUUUUAUUUGAUCCACAAGCCCUGACAUGUGUACAAUUCUGGACUUUCUCUUCAAACUUUGGCAGCUGCUCAAUUUUUAAAGUAUUUCGUUUACCUCAGAUUAGAAUUUAGAAAGGGAUUUUUUCCUAAGACUGUAACAAUAUUUAGCAACACCCCAAUUUAUAUAUAUUUUUUAAUAAUUUUACACAUUUAACUACCGGUAUCGAGUUACCUUUAUUUAUUGUGUUUUAAGGAAAUAUGUGACAAUUUUUUGCAAUACCCCAAUUUAUAUAUAUUUUUUUAAUAGUGUUACACAUUAAACUACUGGUAUCGAGUUACCUAUAUUUAUUGUGUUUUAAGGAACAAAUCCUUAAAAUUCUAAUAAUUUGAACAGCAGUUAAUUUCUACAUGUACUUACUGUGUUUUACGGUUAAAAUCUUUAAAAUUCAAAUUUUAUGCCACAUAAAUUUAAUGACCAGUAAAUUCUUUCUCUGGCUGGUCAAUUUCACUGCCAGUCAGCGAAGACUGCAUAUUUGCCUGAACCAAGAGCCCUGGUACAUAUAUUAUUUUAUAUGGAGAAGUGAAUGUAAAUCAUAAUUAUGAUGGUAGCCACAGUGACUCAGUGGGUGAGACGUUGGCUCGCUAACCUGGAGGUCCUGUGUUUGAUCCCUGCGUUCAUCAGGAUUUUCCGGCAUGGUUCCUCCUUGUCAUUGGUGCAGGACUGAGGGCCUUGCAAGGGACAAUGUAUAGUCAUUUGGAUGGGACGAAAAAAUGAGGUCCCACAUAGCACACUGUAUAGCGUAUCAUAUGCCUGUCUUCAUUAGCCCUGUCGGAGCAGAAAAGUAGGAUGUUAAAUGUUAAACCCCAUUUAAUUUCAUUUCAUAAUUUGGUGAUUUGUUUGUAAGCAAUUGGGGGAUAUUCAAUUGAACAAAAAUGAAUUCUCUCAAUCCAGCAAAUAGUGACAACUCAACAAUAGUACCUGACAUUUUUAACUUUAUUUAGAAGAUCGUAAUAUAUUUGUUUAUAUUAAUAAUGUGACGAAAAGCCUGAUGAAAAAAAAAUGAUGCCCAGGCAGCCUAUUUUGAAGAUAAUUUCGUUAGUAAUUAUAAAAUAAUAUUUUAUAUCGUUUAAAGAUGCAUUAAUUAAAAUGUUGAUAAAAGCUGACAGUUCUCGCUAUAAUAGUUAAAAUAUAGAUAAUGAAAAGGAAAUAUAUUGAAAAUUUCAGUCAAAUUACUUCAUUCUUAGCAAACUUAUCAUUGUUUGCAGAACAGUGUAGUCUCGAUUGUCAUUGCUGCCAUUGUUACGAUAAUAAACAAAGUCUUGAUUAUCCAGUUUUUUAAUGGGAAUCAUUAACUGCCAAUGGUAUUUAAAUCUGUUAGAUUGAAACCAUCCUAAGUUCUAGAGAGUUGAUUAUGGACCAGGCAUGUAGACAAAUGUCUAAUUAAUGACAUUUGAGGCCAAACAAAAGAUCUGCAUUAGGCAGAUUUAGUUUUUGAAUAAUGCAUCUUUAAGUAAUUAAUUAUUAUUAUAUAAUGUGUUCUUUACUUGCUGUUCAUUCACAGUUUACAUAAUUAUUUAUAUAAUUAAUAAAUAUAAUGGAUAUAUCUU